GGAUUUUGGGCUCUUUCUCCCUGUCUCUACUCUCACUGUCUCCCUCUUUCUCUCUCUCAAACUUUAUCAUUAAAAAUAUUGCUGUGCUGGGCCGCGAAGGGGUCUUGGAUUAUGAUGGCAGCGCACAGUUUUGGGAUACUUUUUGGAGUUGUAACAAUUCUCGGGGGCUUAAUGGUUCAGGUGCAGUGCAACGAAGAGUCAAAGUUGAUCGGCGACCUGUUCAAAGACUACAAGAAGAACAUACGACCUGUGGUUCAUCCUGACGACAAGCUGGAGGUUCAGAUCAAGCUGACCCUCACUAACCUUAUCUCUCUGAAUGAAAAGACGGAGACUCUGACAACCAACGUGUGGAUUGAGAUUCAAUGGACUGAUUAUCGCUUUGUUUGGAACACAUCUGACUAUUAUGGCAUCGAUCUCAUUCGUGUCCCAUGCAACACUGUGUGGCUUCCUGACAUUGUCCUUGAGAACAACAUUGAUGGCAAGUUUGACGUGGCUUACUAUGCCAAUGUGUUGAUCAACAACACUGGGUGGAUGUACUGGCUACCUCCUGCUAUCUAUCGCAGCACUUGUGCCAUUGAGAUCACCUACUUCCCAUUUGAUUAUCAGAACUGCACGCUUGCAUUCAGAUCCCAGACUUACAGUGCCAAAGAAGUGGACCUCAUAUUGGCCUUAAAUGAAAAUGGCCAGGCUAUCCAGUGGGUGGACAUCGACCCAGAGGCUUUCACGGAGAAUGGCGAGUGGGCUAUCGUCCAUCGUCCAGCCAGGAAGAUGAUCAACAAACGGUAUUCCCCGGACGACCUGGAGUAUCAGGAGAUCCUGUUCAAUCUGAUCAUCCAAAGGAAGCCCCUGUUCUACAUCAUCAACCUCAUCCUGCCCUGUUCCCUCAUCUCCUCUCUGGUCGUAUUGGCGUACUUCCUACCUGCACAAGCUGGGGGGCAGAAGUUGACCGUGGCCAUCUCUGUCUUGCUGGCGCAGACUGUCUUCCUCUUUCUUAUUGCUCAGAAGGUCCCUGAGACGUCUCUCUCUGUCCCUCUGAUCGGCAAGUACCUGAUCUUUGUCAUGUGCGUCACGACUCUCAUUGCUACCAAUCAAAUUGUGGUGCUGAACUUCUCCCUGCGCAGCCCCAACACUCACACCAUGUCCUACACCAUCAAACACGUGUUCCUCGAGUUGGUACCUCGCUUCCUGUUCAUGUCCCCGCUGGUGGAUGACAGUGAAGUGACAACCGCGGUAAACGGAGUGAGGGAGCGGCGACGCAGCUCCUUCGGCCUCAUGCAGAGAGCGGAGGAAUAUGUGAUGAAACAACCUCGCAGUGAGAUGAUGUUUGACAAACAAAGAGAGCGACACGGCCUCACGCGAUCGAUUGUGGAUAAUAUAGACGUCAGCAGCACGGCCAACCUUUAUAAAAGUUUGUCCCAAUCUGCACCUGAGAUCAAGCAAUGUGUGGACGCCUGCAACUUCAUUGCUGAGAGUACAAAACAACAAAAUAACAUCGGAUCUGAAAUUGAAAGAUGGGUACUGAUUGGGAAGAUGAUUGACAAGGUGUGUUUCUGGGCUGCCUUUUCCCUCUUCAUCAUUGGCACAGUGUGGAUCUUCCUAAAUGGACAAUAUGGACAGGUGCCAGAAUUUCCAUUUCCCGGCCAGAGCAACAAAUAUGUCCCUCAUUAGAUGGUAAAAAAAAAUAAAAAAUCCUUACUGUCUGUUGAAACUUUUCCAAAGGUCUCUGUACCUCAUGCUGUCUGUAAGGCCGAGUGCUCUUGCUCCUUGACUCCAAUAGUCUCAGAUUCAGGGUUGAGUUAAAUCUGUGCAGCAGGGCUUUGAUGACAGAUAUUUAACACCGGAUCUGUCUGUGUUCGUGUUCACAGCUCAGACGUGUAUUUGUGAUGCAGCUGAGGGGUUUCAUUCAGAAAUGCUGCUAGUAAGUUCUUCAUUGUUUUGGCUUAUGUUCUUUGGAUGUAAUUUAAAUGGGUGGAUCGGGUAAAAGAAAUUGGUGAUUUGAAUAAUAACCACCAACACCAUUAUCAUUCUCAUUAUACAAAUCAUACAAAAUAUAAUUAUCAUUUGUCUGUUUUCUACUUAGUUCUUAGACCUAGUUCAGACUUGGGGUCAUAGUAGUUCAGGGAAAAUGCUGAAACCAAUUCAUCGCAGUGCUGAGAAGGUUAGUUCUACUGAAGCAAAAAUCUUUUCACAUCAAACUUCUGCAGCAUUGUAUGUAUUAAAUGGAGCCACGGGGACUAUGAAUGACUAUUUUCAUAAAUAGCAAUAAAAGAAGGUUCAGUGUCCAUUUUUCAUGGGCUUACAUGAAUCAUCAUGUACUGCAUGAAAAACGUAUCUACUUAAGUCUGGAUAAGUUGCCGUGCAUGUACUAUGUCUUAUGAACCUGUGCAUGUAACCUGAGCCAGCAUGCUCUGAAUCAAAGCCUUAUUCUUCCUACUAUGACUUAUUUAUUAGAAAGUCUUGUUAGAGGUAGAUGGCUCGGAAGGAUAUUGUCUUGAUAUCAUUGUGCCAUGUUUUUAAAUAAAUAUUUUAUUUUGUGCA